AUGUCAUCCACAAAGUUAGAUGACGCUAUUAUUGAAAUGCAAAAGAAAUUAUACAAAGAGGAAUGUAUGAAAGAGGCUCGCAUCAAGCGUGGUGGCAAAUUUUAUCCUUUCAGCAUUGAACCAUUGCCAACUGAACGUGAGCGUCUUAUUAAAAAAAUGACGGAUGAGGAGAGAGCCCUCCGUAAACAAUGGUUGGAGGAUCAGAAGCUCUCUCCACGUGAACCUGUCCAUGUUCCUGAAUUUACUCGCAAAAAUAUUUUUCGCCGGGCUCACUCUAAAUUCUUUGAUGGCAUUGCCGGUGUUUUCAGACCGAUUUUGGGACCAAAAUAUACGGGAUAUUUACGCAAAGGUCUUCCAAUUUUUUUGUAUCCUUAUAUCACCCUUUGUAUGCUCUGGUACAAUGUUAAGUACAAUCCUAGGACUUGGGAGACAGGUUUUAAGGGCAUUCGAAUUGAAAAACUUCAUCGUCCCGUCACUUGGCCAGGUACUCCUGAUUUUCCUCAUUCGCCUCUGCUUGAGCGCAAAUUCCAUGAUGAAGAGUUCAGUGAUCGUAAAAUCUUCCUCGGUGAUAAACUCGUUACCAGCAGUCACUAA